AGCUGUAAAUACGAUGUCUGACAACGCUUCCAACACCCUGGGUUUCCUCAGCCGACAUGUGUUCACCACGGCCCUGUGGUGCGUGGUGGUUCUGUGCGUGGCUGUGCUGCUGAAGGGUACGGUGGCUGUGGUCCGAUCUCUGCGGAACCUGUGGGCCCUGGAGAAGGUUUUCCCCGUCCCGCCAGGAGCACACUGGCUACUGGGGCACCUGGUGUUUCUAAGACAAGAUGCUCGUCACAGCUAUGAGAUAACGGCGGAAUGGUUCCGACAAUAUCAGCAGGGUUACAUCUUCAAACACGGUGCAGCGAUGGGGCGACUGGUAGUAACCCAUCCAGACGACGUGCGUGCGGUACUGAUGCGGACAGACCAGAAGCUCGAAAUCUUCUACGGCAUGUUGAGACCAUGGCUUGGUGACGGUCUCCUUCUAAGUAGCGGGCCCAAGUGGUUCCGGAACCGCCGCCUCCUCACACCGGGGUUCCACUUCGAGAUCCUCAAGCCGUACGUUCGACUCUUCUCAGAGAGCACAAACGUCAUGCUGAAUAACUGGAAAGAACUAAAGCCUGGCUCGUCCAUUGACGUGUUCCACCACAUGAGUCUGAUGACGUUGGACAGCAUGCUGAAGUGUACACUCAGCCAAAACACAAACUGCCAGACCAGGAAAACCAAAGACUUCCUCUCUUCCAUCGACGAACUAACUGAGCUGGCAAUACAGAGAGCGUGGUCUAUUUAUCUUCUGAGCGACUUUAUGUAUGGCCUCUCGCCCAGUGGAAAAAGGAAUAGAGCCGCCUGCAACAUUGUCCACAAGUACUCAGAAGAGAUAAUCCGUCAACGUAAAGAAGUCCUGAAGCAACAGUCCGCUGGAGACAGCACCCAUGGCAAGAAGUAUCUGGACUUUCUUGACAUUCUGUUGCGGGCAAAGGAUGAAAAUGGAAACGGUCUGACAGACGCUGAGAUCCGUGACGAGGUGGACACAUUUGUGUUCGAGGGGCACCACACCACAGCCAGCGGGCUGGCCUGGGCCCUGUACUGUCUGGCUCGUCAUCCGGGACAUCAGGAGAAGUGCAGGAAGGAGGCACAGGAAGUACUGCAGGGGAGAACGGAAGUGACGUGGGAAGACUUAUCUUCGAUGAAAUACAUCACGUUGUGUGUGAAGGAGAGCCUGAGGCUGUACCCUGCCGUUCCGGAGAUAUUACGAGACGUGGAGACCCCUCUUACCUUCAGCGAUGGGAGGACCGUACCCAAAGGAUCACAAGUGUAUAUCAGUAUGCGUUUUCUUCACCGUAACCCACGCAUCUGGGAGAAACCCGAGGAGUACGAUCCUCUGCGUUUUUCAUCGGAGAACUCCAAGGGCAGACACCCGUACGCCUUUCUUCCCUUCUCAGCAGGCCCAAGGAACUGUAUCGGACAGCACUUCGCCAUGAACGAGUUGAAGACAGCUGUUGCGCUCAUCCUACAGCGGUUCAUUCUGACUCCUGACGAUACCCUGCCGGAACCCUUCCCUGUAGAAAGGAUGGUCCUCCGAGCCGAUAGUCCGGGUCUCUACAUCAAGAUCACACCUUUUGAGGUGGAAUAAGUGCCUAGUGGUCUGAAGUUGUUGUGGUCUGUAAUUACUGACUGUCUGUACGAUCGUAUACACAACGGAUUCAAUCACAAGCAAGAGUUCGGAGAUCCCAUGAAAUAUUUUGAGCUUUUGGAAUUUUUUGUUUUAUCUCGACUCAUGAUUAAGCAAAUAACUAUAGCUAGCAUAGUACUCUUUUUUGGUACUCUUAAGUGUGAAAGUCCCUUUCGUUGGCAGAAAUCAAUGCUUAUACUUUGUCAUAAAUCAUGCAAAUUUCUUCCAAAUUUACAUAACUUCUGCAUAUUAUGAUUACAUUCCACGCAUCACAAAAUCAUUUACUGUUAAGGAAUUAUAGCACUUUAGCACUGAUUAUAUAAAAAAAGCGAUUAUUUACAUAAUUGAUACCUUUAAUGUUCCAACUGACGUAAAUUAGAUAUUUUAAAGCCCUAGUAUGGAAUUAUAGAAUUUCCUCGUUAAUCAUGCAAGUCCUAAUCUGAAUAAUUUGAAUCCCAAUGUAUACAACCGUCUAAGUAACCUACAUUCUGAAUAUCAUGGAAAUACGUCGUUCACUUCUCCUUAAAAGGUUGAAUACACAGAUUCAUUUUAAGCCUUGCCUUCGUAUUUUAAUGUCGCUGACUAGUACUAACAAUUUCGUGCAUCCCAAAGUACUAGAAUUCGACGGAGAAACAAAUAAAUACAACUCCUUCCAAAUGAUCAUAGUAAGCUCUAAUAUUUGAUACUCUCAUGUGCAAUGCCACGUUUAUGAUAGUGAGUUUAUGUUCGCUGAACAAAAAUCCAAUUCAUGGUAUCAUUUAUUAUCAUAUAGCCAGGCGCCGCGGACCAAUCAGAAGGCCCCGUUCCACGUUGGU